UGCCUCCUCCCCUCGCCAGUCACCAAAACUCAUACCGCUGUAAUCCAUAUAUGGAUCUUGGUAGCCACAAUAUAAAGCCACCGCGCCAAGACUCUGUAUUCAGUACUCUUCCUGGACAGAUAUACAUCAAGAGCCCUUCCCCCUCCUCACCCGGCAGGCCAAGAUGCAGGCCCUAUCUCUACUACUGCUCAUCUCCGGAACCCUAGCUGCAGACGUGCUGGACCCCACCUCUUGCACGAGCUUCCCUUGUCUGAUCUUUGACGAGGAAUUCAACUUUUUGGACCAUGAUACCUGGGAACACGAGAUCACAUUGUCUGGCGGUGGGAACUUUGAAUUUCAAGCUUACCUCAACAACAGAAGUGUUAGCUAUACCCGCGACUCGAUCCUGUACAUAAAGCCGCAACUGAUGUCUGACUGGAAGACCGAGGCCUUUCUGAGCAGCGGCGAACUCAACCUGUGGGGUAUGAACGGCCGCGGGGACGUAUGCACAGCCAAUCAAAACUACGGAUGCGACCGCUUCGGAAACCCAACAAACCUCAUCAAUCCUAUCAUGAGCGCCAGGCUUCGAUCCCUCCCGAGUUUCGCCUUUAGGUACGGACGCAUUGAGGUUCGCGCCAAGAUGCCACGUGGAGAUUGGUUGUGGCCGGCCGUAUGGAUGCUGCCGCAGUACUUCCCCUAUGGAGGCUGGCCAGCGAGCGGCGAAAUUGACAUUUUCGAAUCAAGGGGUAAUGACGUGUAUGGUGAUCUGAGUAACAGAAAUGCUGGCACCACCCUUCACUGGGGACCCUAUUGGCCGCUUAACUUCUACGAAAAGACAAUGGUUGAAUACACCGCCAACGACGGUUCAUUCGCCGACAGCUUCCAUAUUUGGCGUGUCGACUGGACCAGUACUGAAAUCAAGGCGUAUCUGGAUGACGAGCUGAAGAUAACGAUCGAUCCUGUCACCAACUUCUGGGACUUUGCUGGUUUGGAUGACUCUAUUGACAAUCCCUGGAUUUCAGGCGGCAAGAUGUCGCCUUUUGACCAGAAGUUCUACAUCAUCAUUAACCUUGCUGUGGGAGGCACCGGUGGAUUCUUCCCUGACGGCAUUGCAGACAAGCCAUGGUCCAACGACUCGCCACAAGCCUUCCUCGAUUUUUGGAACGGACGUGGCAAGUGGCUACCCACAUGGGAACAGGGAGAGGGCAAGAUUAGCGAGAAUGCAGCAUUGCAAGUGGAUUACAUAAAAGUAUGGAAGAUGACUAACGCUGAACAAUAAAGUGAUGAAGAAUGAAACAUGAAGGCACACGCAACAGUACUUUUGCGGCACGUGCUUCUGUACAUGACUAAAAAUAAUAAUAAAAAAAUAAAUAAAAUAAAAACAAUA